AUGGUCUGGGAUGUCUCAGCGGCGUCUCCUCCGGACAUUGAUCCGACACCAACAGAAGCUACUACUAUUCUCUAUGAUUACGAGAGAAUCCAAAAAAGAUGCUACUUCUGUCAACGUCUUACUCAUGAGCGUCCUAAUUGUCCUCUGUUCAAUCAACAACAGCUAGCCUUGAAAGGAAGUGAACCUUCUCAACAUGUUGCAGAGACAAUAUUGGAUUCUUCUUCCUUGAAUUCUCCAAACUGUGCUGGUCGGAUUAGGAUAGAUCCGAUGGUCCUAGAAGAGUUGCGACAGUUCUUUGUUGCUUCUUCAGAAUUGAAUAGAUUCUCUUCUCAGAUUCAAAGCACAAGUUCUGAAGACAUAGUUGAGAUGGAUCAUACCAUAACUCUAAAUCCAGUCUCCACUGAAGGUAGUGAUCGAUCUAAAGGAAAAGCAAUUGUUCUGGAACCUGAGAAUAAAAAGGCAACUUCAGAUUCUUCCAAAGAACCUUUUUCUAGACAAACUUUGAGUAUUCUUUCCUCCCCUGAUUUCAUAACUGAUGGAUCGGCUGUAAUCAUGAAAGAUUUUUUUGGUAACAAGGGAAGCUUCACUUCUGCACCUUCAUUCUCUGAAGCUGGAACAUCUAAACCUUUUACAAAAAGGGCCUAUGUUCGGAAAAAGCCAUACAAGUCUAGAAGCAAUCUGAAAGGUACCUCUCUUUCUUUAUCUAAAGGAUGGAAGAAUUUGAGAAUUAGCCUUACCUGGGAGCCUUCACUUUCAAGAAGAAGGAAUCGUCUUAGCCUUCUUGCUCGGCCUCUCAACAACAGAGCUCAAAACUUACAUACUGUUGUUGCAUCACUACCAAGACUCUGGGGACUGGCUUCACGAAUACAUGGUAGAGUUCUAAGUGAUACUUACAUCCAGUUUUUAUUUCAAUCUGAAGCAGAUUUAGUAUCAGUUCAACGUCGUGCUCCAUGGGUUUUUAACAAUUGGUUCAUCGCAUCUCAACGCUGGGAAGACUUCUCCGAUGUUUAUUUCCUCACUACCCUUGAUCUAUGGGUUCAAAUCCGCGGAAUACCACUACCAUAUGUUUCAGAAGGAACAGCCAGGUUUAUUGCUGCAACCAUAGGACAGGUUAUCUAUCUAGAUUUUCAUGAUGAGACCACUACUGAUAUAACUUUUAUCAGAGUUAGAAUUCGCAUUGGCAUCACUGAUAGUUUGAGGUUCUUUAGAAGGGUCUGCUUUGAAUCUAGAGAAAGGGCUAUGAUUAGCUUUCAAUAUGAGAGCCUGAGAAGGAUUUGCAGUCGUUGUCUUCAACUCACUCAUCAAAGCAGCCACUGUCCUUACAAUCAUUUUCCUCACACUCCAAGAAAUAGUCCUGAAGUUAUUGAUGUACCAGUCUACAAUAGGAGAAGGACUCAUGGGCAGGAAAUUCACUCCAAUCAUAACUCUCACUCUCAGAACUCGGAUGACACUUUUCCAACUCCUUUGACUCCACCACCAAGGUUAGAUUCUCCACCUUUAAACCCUGAUGAAUUUGCAGCAGCCUAUCCUCAAUUCCCAGUAUCAAGCUUAGGAAAUCUUCAACAUAUGGCAACUUCAACCACUCACACAGCCACUUGGAGAAGACAUUCUUCCACUGGAUCCACGACUUCACCAAGUAUUGAUGAAGGAAUCAAUUCCAGAAUGCCUCGAUACUUUGAGGUUGGUGAAUCGUCAAAACGUACCAAUUCCCACUUCAAUAACAGAGAUGAUGAUAGGCAACAAAAGAAAAAGCUACAGGAAGAUGAGAAAGGAGGAAUUCUGAAGCCUCCUAAGAAAAGAUAAAUUGCUCUACAAACUUCUGUCAUCACUUUUUGGGUCCCUGUAACUGCCAUUACAAGUUUAAUUUAGUUGUUAGUUGAAUAAUGUUCUAGAACAGAUUAAAACACUU